AAUAGUUUUUAAAAGAUGUACAAAAAGCCGCACUAAAAGGAGGGAGAGCUCCUCUUUCCUUCUCCAUUGCGCCCAUAGCGGAAUCCUCCUUUUCUCUCCUCCCCCAUCUCCUUCUCCCCUUAUCGCCAUUACCAAAACGAUCGAAGCUCGAAGAGAAAGAGAGAGAGAGAGGAGAGAGAGAAAGAGAGAGGAGAGGGGGCGAGGAUGCCGUGUUCGUCGUCGUCGGGGUCGGGGGAGGAGGAGGACGAGGGCAUCGACUCGUACCGGAAGGGCGGGUACCACGCCGUGCGCGUCGGCGACGCGUUCGCGGGGGGCCGCUACGUCGCGCAGCGGAAGCUCGGAUGGGGCCACUUCUCCACCGUGUGGCUCGCCUACGAUACCCAUCGCUCCAGAUUCGUCGCACUCAAAAUUCAGAAAAGUGCGAAAGAGUUUGCUCAAGCCGCUCUCCACGAGAUUGAGAUUCUCUCAGCAAUCGCCGAAGGGGAUCCGUCGAAUUCGAAGUGUAUUGCGCGACUGCUCAACCACUUUAAACAUGCCGGCCCGAACGGGCAGCAUCUGUGCCUAGUGGUUGAAUUUCUUGGCGACAGCUUGCUUCGGUUAAUCCGAUAUAAUCGGAAUAAGGGAAUUGGGCUGAAAAGGGUGAAAGAUAUUUGUCGGUCAGUUUUGGUUGGCCUCGAUUACAUACACAGCGAACUUGGUAUUAUUCACACUGAUUUAAAGCCCGAAAAUGUUCUCCUCGUCUCCACCAUAGAUCCAGCAAAAGACCCGGUUCGCUCUGGAUUCACCCCUAUUCUCGAGAGGCCUGAAGGAAGCCUUAAUGGUGGGACCGUGAUAAAUAUUAACGAGAAGAAACUUAAGUUGAAGGCGAUGAGAGCGGCGGCAAAGAUUUCUCAGAGACGAGAAUCCAUGGGAGGUGUUAUAGAGUUUGAAAGAAGCUUGGAGGGUAUUGAUUUGAGAUGCAAGAUUGUUGAUUUUGGGAAUGCAUGUUGGGGUGAUAGGCAGUUUGCAACUGAAAUACAAACAAGGCAGUACAGGGCUCCAGAAGUUAUUCUUGGUGCAGGAUACUCCUUUUCGGUCGACAUGUGGUCUUUUGCUUGCGUGGCUUUUGAGCUUGCUACAGGUGACGUACUAUUCACUCCCAACCAUGGUCAAGGAUUUAGCGAGGACGAGGAUCACUUGGCUCAGAUGAUGGAACUUCUCGGAAAGAUGUCUCGAAAGAUCGCUAUUUCAGGAACUCGAUCAAAGGAUUUCUUCGACCGCUACGGUGACCUAAAGAGGAUCCGGAGACUAAAGUUCUGGCCCCUGGACCGCCUUCUGGCCGAUAAAUACAAAUUCCCCGAACCCGAUGCACGGGAAUUUGCAGAUUUUCUCCGCCCCCUUCUCGAUUUCGCCCCGGAAAAGCGCCCUACAGCAGCCGAGUGCUUGAAGCACCCAUGGCUCGGCAAUUCAAAAGUAGCCAGUAAAUAAGAAACUCAGUUAACAACACGAGUGAAUUUUUUCUUGACAGUUUUUUGACAAGUUUUUGAGCGAGAUUAUCUUCUCGGUAUUAACCUCCAAUGUUCUAUGAAGAUCACGAAUAAUGCUUCGAUUAUAUGCUAUCUUUAAACGCAUUUAUCUGUGCUUAA